AGCAGACGUAAGUGAUGAUGGUCCUCAGCAACCUAGUAUUAAGGCCUGCUGGGUCUCUUUUGAGUCCCGAAAACAUGUCAGACCCCAUGUCUCCUCUGCCGUGGAGUUUUCCUCCCCUGACAGUUGUGACACUACCUAUAGAGCUACAAAGGGUAUAAUUGUGUUAGAGAGUUUACAGAGGAGGGCAACACAGAUGGUGAAAGGGCACGGCAUAGGAGGAGCAGUUGAUGUGGCUUGGUUUGUUCAGCUUAAAGAAGAGAAGGCACAGGGGUGACCUCAUGGCGGCCUACAUCUUCCACACCAGGGGGAGCGGAGGGGCAGGCACUGAUCUCUUCUCUCUGGUGCCCAGUGAGAGGACCUGAGGGAACAGCAGGAAGCUGCCUCAGGGCAGGCUCAGACAGGAGCUGUUGGGAAAAGGCUCUUCACCAGGAGGCUUGUCAGGCACUGGAACAGGCUCCCCACGGAAGCGGUCACAGCACCAAAACUGCCAGAGGUCCAGAAGUGCUUGCACAAGGCUCUCAGACAUACGGCUUAAUUUUCAGGUAGUUUUGCGUGGAGCCACGAGUUGGACUCGAUGAUCCUGGUGGGUCCCUUCCAACUUGGGAUAAUUUUUGAUUCUGUGAUUCUAAUCUUGGUAGCUAGUGCUGCCUGAAGUACCCUCCAUGCUGUAACUUACCUUCCACUUACCCUGCCUGGAGGAAGUUGGUUGCUGUUCUAACUGAAUUUACCAUCUGCAGUUUCCUAAGCAAGUCAUUUGAGGUCUUUUGAAAGAAACUGUCUGUUCUUGCACUUACCAGUUAAUCAGGGGACUAACGGAAGAACAACGUCCUUAGAUAAACAGCAGCUGUAACGUUUUGGUGUCUGCCCAGAGCUGGUGCCUGCAGGAUGGCUCACUCGCUCUGGUACUGCCUUCAUACCUCACAAGGUGAAUGUUGUUUCCCUGCUCGCCAGGCGUGUGCUGGGCUGCAUGCUACCAAAUCACAGUUAUAUACACAGACUCCCAUUGCAUAGUGGAGUCAUGCUAAUUCAGUUGGAUCCCCCAACACCAGGCAGGCUUUACAGCAAAGCUGAGAGGAGUCCUGAGAAAGGUUUAAGACCUUUAGGUCUUGGUAGGUUAAAAAAAUAAAUACAAGAAACAAAACAAUUCUGCUUUGCACUUUUGGAUUUGAAUUGCUGCACUGUAUCCCAGGUGUUGAUGACACUCUUGGUGACAUCCAAAGCUCUGGUUUCUUUCUCUGCCAAACUGUGCCCUUCCUUAGGUACUUCCCUUCAGUCUAGAUCUGGAUGCAAAUGCAGCCAAUGGUCACCUGGGGACUGGUGUCCUCUACUGACUUAGGAGUUGCUCCUGUUUCUGAUUUUGUGCAUACUCAUUAAGAGCUGCCUAACAGGGAUGUCUACGGUUCCAUUCCUGGGCCUUUGGUGACCAUUUACUGCAUGCAUAUUCUCUUUCGCUUGGCAGCUCCAGUAUGCUCUUCACUUCUGGUAGGCACAUCAUCACUGGCAACACCAAGCAGAUUUGUUAGCAGACAAUACUGGCACUGGACACACAUCCUCAACAAAUUAAAGUAGAGAAUAAGUUGGGAAGGCAGAAAGGCCAGUGGACAGAAUCUGUAUUUUUAAAAGUUAUUUCUUCAGGAAAUUUACUUAGCGUCUUCUCAGAAUUGAGAUAAAAUAUCAAUGUGUGGUUGCCCAUAGUUCCCAAGAUGGAGUGCCUGAGUUCUGACAAGUUUCUGAGUUUACAAGACUUUCUCCAGAAGAGCAAGACUUGGGUCAGCUUUUUACAGACUUCAAGCAACACAAGAGUUGAAUACUCUUGCACAGCUCUUACUUAAGACCUGUAAAACCUGAAGAUGUCUAGUAUGCAGGUAAGAGCUUGACCUGGGCUUGUGGAUCAUGGCCAUGGUCCCAGAGAGUGAGGGAGGCAGUGUGUGUCUCUGGGUAGGAUGGAGGGUGCAUGGGGAAUGGGAUCAUCUGUCCCAACAAUCCACUUACUGUAGUCAGGAUGUGAGCUUGCUUAUUGUGGGGUUCCUGACUGCUCUUGGUCCAGAUAUUUGGUUAAAAACAGAGAAAUGCACUAGGUGCAUGAAGCUUUUCUCAGUCCUCAGCAGUCCAGUUGUUUGUCAGUGCUGCUGGGCCUGCUGCACUGUCAAGGAAAUGCCUGAAAGACUCGAUGGAAAAGCAGCUUUUUCUGACAGAUUUUCUACCUGAGGACUGGAAAGAGGGGUGAUAUUUUUCAGGUUCUUUCAUGAGGAUAUAAUUGGCUUUAUAUAAAGGUGCUGUUUUGUCAGAAAGCCAUCUGCAGUCAGAAGGGCUUUGCCUGGCAGUUUUGAGGAGCCCAUAACUUGACAGAACUGCUGUAAAAGCAGUCAAAUCCUUUCCUGCUCACUGGAGCUGCACCAUUGGAGCUCAGCAGUUGGGACUGCAAGCACAGAUGGAGAAGACCACCGCUGCUCAUUAGAGCUACACCUGGUGGGAGAGCAUCCUGAUCCAGAUGUGGAUCUGAUCUGGAUCAAUCCAGAAGGAGAUUGAACCACAGACUUUAGAGGAGCCUCCCAACUGAAAAUCUUCUAUAAAACUGUCACUUUGGCAUAGUUCAAAAUUGAGCUGUGGUGGUCCAAAGCAGGCCCAACCAGGAGGGUUUGCCUCAUGACAAACUCAGCGCUACAGAGCUUGCUCCAUCAGUGGUGCAAACCUCCACCUAGGACAAUCGUCACCAUUGUGUUUUUCAGUAGGAGCACUUGGAGUCCUGUAGUGAUGUGGAGAUGCCUGGUGCUUUGAUCUGACCACCUCAUGGUCAACAGAAACAUGCUUCCUGCGGACUCUGCCUGGGCAAGCAGGCAAACGAGCAGCUGGAAUGUAAACCUCUGCUCUGAGGUGACAUUGCUUGAGCUAACGUUCAUUUUUUUACUCUAGAGAAGCAGCACACAGUGUCUCCUUUGCAGGUGAAGGUGCUGAGUACAAGGGCUUGGCACUUGCAGUGAUACUUGGCAGAAGGCUUGUACAGAGAGGCCCAGAUACAUGGCUGGUCCCACACAUGGCCAUCUGGCAGCAGGUCCACAGUCUCCAUGGCAAGGGAACACUGAAGAGACAAAGCCUCUCUCAAAACCUCGCACUAUCAAGAUUUCUAAAGCAGUUUUAAGAGCAAUUAAGUAAGUUCCUUAUUAUGAAAUGCAAUUAUCAGCACAGAUGUGCACUAACUGUCUCACUAGCCUUUGAAAAAUCCUUAUCCCCUUCUAACCAGUGAGCUACAUGAUACAGCAAAAUAAGCACAGAGAUAAUGGCUUCAGCAAGCUUCCAGCUCUGCCCCUUUGCACAAGAGUAGUGCUGCUCUCGUUGUGCAAGCAGCUGAUGGUGGUGGCUCAGGGAGAGGUACUUUGCUUCUGUCUCUGACAAGCUGAGUGCACAGGAAGGUGUGGCGUGGUGUGGGGGCACCUCCUGAGGCUCUGGUCCAACCCCUGCCCGCAGCAGGGCUACCUCUGAGGCCAGGGAGGAUGCUCAGGGUCUUCUCCAAGUGAGAACCAAGGGUGGAGAACCAACCACUUUCCUGAGACCCGGCCCAGCACUGCACCACCCUUGUGGUUGUUUUUAUUAAGUCCAACAGGAAUUUCUUUUGCAGCAAACAUGCCCAUUGCCUCCUGUCCUUUCUCUGUGCACUUCUGAAAAGACUCCUGCUCCAUAAUCCUUCCAUGAUACAGCUGAAUCCAACAGUGGGGUUCUUCUGAGCCUUCUCCCCACCCAGCUGACUAAAACUGGCUAAAUCAGUUCUUGUUGUAUGUCUUGUGCUCUAGAUGCACAAGGUUUUGAUUUCACUCCAGUUAAUCAAAAGCUGUCUCAGACAAGCAACUGCAGAACAGGACACUGCUCCAAGAGCAGCCUCACCUGUGACUCAUUGCAAGGCUGGCAAUUGGCUUUGCAGAUUUUCUUUAAGGGUAUAGUGCCACCUGUGUAGUCCAGCUUUGAGGACACAAGUAUGUGUUGAGCUGCUGCUGGAGGCACUGUACCACCACUGCAGUUCCUAGUAGGCCCCAUGCAGGGAAGAGUUAAACAGAUGUUCAUUUAACCUGGUGAACACCGGCAGAGACUUGAUUGUUCUCAAACUGUAACUGCUGAUCCAGGGAGUUUAUGGUUAGGAGAAGUACAACUGCAAUAAACCCCCAGUUAGUGGGGAGCUGAGUGCUGGUGAGCAGCUCCCUUGCUUCUACACACAGCAGCUUGUUUGCCUGUCUAGCAGUAUUCCAUUUCCCUGCAUCAUCAGCACAGCUGUAAGAUGGUGAGGAUUUGUCCAUCAGCUGGAUGUGCACGCAGACAGAGGGGCUUUGUACGGUGGAAGAGCUGCUGCUUUGCCAGGUGAGCUCCCAGGAGUACAAUGGCAAUUUGGACAAGGGUGAAACCCCUGUGUGAGCUACCCAGAGCUUGAGAUGUGCAUACUGGAGGUUGGUGCAUUCCUGCUGCAUGUUCAGCCCAUCAGCCAGGUGCCCCCUCCUGAUGUUCCUGCCUGUGGGGCUCUAGGAGUGAUGUUCAUGGGCCUUUCCACACCACAGCAGGAACACAAGGCAGGGCAGGGAGGUGUGACGGGGAGUGAUGAGCAAAGCAGACAUUCCUUACAGCUGGUGGCUCCAUUGAUACUUACGAAACUUUUUUUUUUCAACCUUUAAGAGCAGCAAAGGAUAAAGAACACCAUGGGGAAAGGACGCCUGUCCUUGUAGGACAUCCCCAGGGGGGAAUUCAAGACUCCUGAACUACUGCAAAGUACUACCUUAUGUCUCUCCCCCACCAAAACCAUGCAGAAGCGCUGCUAGAGCAACAGGCUGUGUGUCCAGCUGGGUGUGCAGAACUACUCGCCUUGUGUGCAGGAGCCCCCUGCUAUGGAGCUGGGGUGGGAAGCAGCACUGUGGAGAGUCACUGAGCCCUGUGGGUCAGCCCAGAUAGCCUGGCACAGAUAACAGCCUGCUGUAGAUAACAGCCUGGUGCAGAUAACAGCCUGGCACAGAUAAAAGCGUGUCCGUGGGGGGAGCCGUGGUGAGGACAGCAGAAGACAGCAGGUGAGAGCCUGGCACAAUGCAUGCUUGCUUUUGCUUUCACAGACCACUUACUUCCACACUGCGGAUGGGGAGCCGGGGCUGUGCUUAGCUGAGGUCUGAGCUUCCCCACCUCUCCCAAGGGACCCCAGAGCCUCUCUCUGCCCCACUACCCAGUGCAGCUGGAGGCUAGCAAGGAUGAGGCUGGACCAUGCUGCUGUUGUUGCAGGGAGUUCCCCCAUGGGGAAUGGGUUUUACUCUGAAUUUUAAGGUGAAUGCUGUGCUGCCUUUGCUUGGUACCUACCUUGCUCCAUGGUGGGUGCCUAAUGAUGCUCCAUUGGCAGCACCCACAGCUCUGGGCUCUGCUUCUGAUAGAGCCAAUUGCUUUGGGGUGGCCUUGCUCCAUGCUGGAGGGAGGUGAGGGGUCAGUUUUGGGCAAAACAUCCCAAAUCUCUGCGUGCAGAAGACCUUGCAGACUGAUCUCUCUUUUCCACCCCCACCCCAGCUGAAUAACCAGUGGCAGCUCUCCUAACCCUGCACAAACUCGCUGCAUGAUCAGGGCAGCUGCUGGGCUCUCUUGCUGUCCUCCAGCUACUCCAAAGGAUUUGAGUCUGUUUUUAAAAUACAGCUGGGGAAAUAAUUGUCCAUCUGCUUCUGGGCUUUUGUAUAGACAUGGGGGAGCUGCUAGGGACUUGCUGCUCAUAAUCAGGUCCGUGGCUUCUCAGUUUUCUUCACUUCUUGCACUUUUUUUUGCAGGGAUGAAGGCAGAAAUCCUCUUCCCAGGGUUGCUGGUGGUCCUAAUCCUGUUCCAGGCACAUGUAUCUUCUUCCUAUGAUCUGUCCAAGGAGCUGUCAGACGCAUCCCUCCUGAGCAGCGUGUUUGAAGCCAAGCAGAUCGUGGAUUCAGCCUACAAGGACACACGUGACCGCAUAAAGAAGAACCUGGAGAAUGAUGUCUUGACCCCCGUAGAACUUCUGAGAUAUUUCAAACAGCCAGUGGCAGGGACUCGGGCUGCUGUGCGGGCUGCAGAUUAUAUGGAAACCACCCUGACCCUUCUCAAGGAGAAGCUACGCUGGGCCGUGAAGGGGGACUUCAAUGUCACAGACAUGCUCACACCAGCUCAGCUGGGGAUGAUUUUCAAGGCAAGCGGAUGUGACCAGCAGAAUGAGGAAAUAAACUGUGAAUCUUCUGGCCGCUACCGAACGAUCACUGGCAAGUGCAACAACAGGAAAAACCCAUUACUAGGAGCUUCAAACAGAGCCCUGGCCAGAUGGUUGCCAGCAGACUAUGAAGAUGGUGUGUCAAUUCCCCAUGGGUGGACAGAAAAAAAGCGUGUCUCUGGAUUCCCCUUUCCACUAGUUCGAAAGGUGUCAAAUGAGAUCGUCCGUUUCCCCCCUGCGCAGCUCAAGCUGGACCAGCAGCGAUCACUCAUGUUCAUGCAGUGGGGUCAGUUUAUUGAUCAUGACCUUGAUUUCAGUCCUGAAACCCCAGCCAGAGUCACCUUCAGUGGCAAAGUGGAUUGUCACACCAGCUGUGCCAAGCAGCCCCCCUGCUUUCCCAUCAAGAUCCCACCUAAUGACCCACGAGUUAAAAACACCAGAGAUUGCCUCCCAUUCAUUCGCUCAGCUCCUGCUUGUGACAGUGGUAAAGCAAUUCGAGAACAGAUCAACGCGCUCACCUCCUUUCUGGAUGGCAGUGUGGUGUAUGGCAGUGAGGUGCCUUUGGCCAACAAGCUGAGGGAUCGGACCAACCAGCUGGGCUUGCUGGCUGUUAAUCGGAAUUUCACUGACAGGGGCAUGGCGUAUAUGCCCUUUGACUACAUGUCAAAGGACCCCUGUCUUAUGGUCAGCAAGGGAGCUAAAAUUCCAUGCUUUCUUGCAGGUGACUCUCGAGCAAACGAGAUGCUGGAGCUGGCGUGCAUGCACACGCUUUUUGUGCGGGAGCACAACCGCCUGGCUAGAGGACUGAAGAGAUUAAAUCCACACUGGAAUGGAGAGAAGCUCUACCAGGAGGCACGGAAGAUUGUGGGUGCCAUGAUCCAGAUUAUAACCUACAGGGACUACCUGCCUCUUUUGCUGGGAACAAGUUUACAGAAAUGGAUUCCUUGCUACCGAGGCUACAAUGAGGCUGUGGAUCCUCGCAUAUCCAAUGUCUUCACUCUGGCUUUCCGUUUCGCUCAUGCUUCAAUUCCCCCAUUUGUGGGCCGAUUAAACAAAAAUUAUAAGCCCAUAAAUCCGAAACUGCAACUCAGCAAAACCUUUUUUGGUGUCUGGAGGAUUGUGAAAGAAGGCGGUAUCGAUCCCUUCCUGCGGAACCUGAUGGCCAGUAAGGCCAAGCUGAUGACACAGAAACAAAUGGUUGUGGAUGAACUCCGGGAUCGGAUGUUUGAGCAGGUUGAAAGGAUUGGGUUUGAUUUGGCUGCACUUAACAUGCAGCGUGGCAGAGAUCAUGGCCUUCCAGGUUACAUCUCCUGGAGACAAUUCUGUAGGCUCUCAAAACCUCGUGGUUUGAAGUCACUUGCUCAAGUAUUGAAGAAUCACAGUCUGGCAAAGAAAUUCAUGCAGCUGUAUGGGACACCAAAGAAUAUUGACAUUUGGAUUGGGGCGCUUGCAGAGCCCUUUGUGAAAGGUGGAAGAGUUGGUCCUCUCAUGGCUUGUCUAAUUGGCACCCAGUUCAGGAAGAUACGUGAUGGGGACAGGUUUUGGUGGGAGAAUAAAGGAGUUUUCACUCCUCGGCAGCGCAGUUCACUGGCUAAAAUCUCCUUGUCACGAAUAAUAUGUGAUAAUACCCACAUCUCUAAAGUGUCAAGAAAUAUCUUCCAGGCCAACAGCUAUCCUCACUCCUUUGUGAGCUGCAACCAGAUCCCAAAGCUGGACCUCAGAGCUUGGAAGUCAAAGAAGAUGGAAGAAAGUACAGAGUAAGAAGAACCACGUGAUUCUUAAUGUUGAACACUGAGGAUUCCCCAGAAGCUUGGAUUUGAAGAAGCUGCUGAGAUUUAUUUUUUUUUAUUAUUAUUUUAUCCCUGUGUCUAUGUCUUUACUGCCUGAAAUGUUUGGGCAUGAUCGCUGUCAUUCACUCUAUUUAGUUUGCUUGAAGCCUUUCAAGUGAGAUGAAAUCCAGUGAUAAAAAACUUCAUGAAAAGAUGUUCCAGAUCUGUGCAAAUUACUCAAUAUCACAAUGCAAAAGAAAGUGAGUUAUCAAGAGACUCACUCCCAAACAUACUGCUUGCUCAGGUAAUUUCACAUACACUGGGUCCCAGUAAGCUUUACUGUCAAAAGACAGGUUCUGUACACUCCUUUCGUGUGAAAUAGCAUGAAGUUUCCAGUCUACACAGAAAGGCAUUGGGGCAUCAGAACAGAUUGCAUAUUUUUGCUCUCUUUAUUAUUAUUAUUACCAUUUCAUUUUUAUUUCUAAGAAGUACAUACUUUGGUUUCCAGAGAAAAUCUAGUAAUUUCAGUGAAGCAGCAUUAGCUUUCAUGUACCCCAAACAGAUUUAUUAAAAACCCUCUGUUCCUGCUUUUGUUGGAUAUGGAAUCAAGAAAUUGUCCACUUGGAAUAAAGCUGUUCUCUCAUCAGUACCUGCCCCUCAUCCAGAAUGCCUAAGGCAUCACACAGCAUGAUGGAAAACUCUGAUAAAUUGUUCUGCAGCCUGGCAUGAGCCAGAAUGACUUACCCCUGGGCUGUGGAGGUGAUGGGAUAUGUCCUAGCAAAGACAGGAUCAGUCUGAAGUACAAGAAAGUAAGACCUAAUCUAGUUUCUCCCUUCAAUAGCUUUUCCCAAACGGAAUCAAAAUGUCUUUCUCUUUCCUCUCUAAUUUGCUGUGCUACUGUAGUUGAUCAAUAAAUUGCAAUUUUGAGCUGAG